UAUUCGUAGCACAGUGAUGCCUUACACAUAGUCCCACCCUUCAGUAGGGCCGUGUGCAAACUUUUUGAUAGACUAGGAGCGAGCGCGUCCAUCCUCACCAUUCGAAACGCAGUGGUUGUAGUGAACAGAUACCUCCACUUACUUACGAUUCCGAACAGGUCGACUAGAUCAAGAUGCCUUUCAAGCCAGUAGAAAACCCAAAGUGCCCCAAAUGCCAAAAAUCCGUCUACGCCGCUGAAGAGCGCGUAGCCGGUGGCUACAAAUUCCACAAAUCCUGCUUCAAAUGCGGUCUUUGCGGUAAAUUCUUGGACUCCACCAACGUAACUGAACACGAAGCUGAAUUGUACUGCAAAAACUGCCACGCCCGCAAAUACGGACCAAAAGGUUACGGAUUCGGCGGUGGUGCUGGCUGCUUGAGCAUGGACACCGGUGCUCACCUCCAAGGAGAUGACAUCGUUGUUAGCAGAGCUCCACUAUUGCCAAAAGCUAUUGCAAAAGCCCCUGAUGGUGAGGGUUGUCCACGUUGCGGUGGAUAUGUCUAUGCUGCUGAACAAAUGCUUGCCAGAGGAAGAGCUUUCCACAAAUCCUGCUUCAAAUGUGGCGAUUGUGCCAAAGGUUUGGAUUCUGUCAACGUAACCGAAGGUCCUGACAAGGAAAUUUACUGUAAAGUAUGUUACGGAAAGAGAUUCGGACCUAAGGGAUACGGUUACGGCCAGGGUGGCGGUACCCUUCAAAGCGAUUGUUUCGCUGUAAGUGACCAGGCUCCUAAGACCACCGUAAUCGACACCUCGGUGAUCAAGGCCCCACCAGGCCAGGGUUGCCCACGUUGCGGCGGCGUCGUCUUCGCUGCUGAGGAGGUGCUCGCCAAGGGUCGUCCAUGGCAUCGCAAGUGCUUCAAGUGCAAGGACUGCAAGAAGACCCUGGACUCGAUCAUCGCUUGCGACGGCCCCGACAGAGAUGUCUACUGCAAGACCUGCUACGGCAAGAAAUGGGGACCUCACGGCUACGGCUUCGCCUGCGGCUCUGGCUUCUUGCAGACCGACGGCUUAACUGAAGACGAAAUUUCGGCAUCUCGGCCUUUCUACAAUCCCGACACGACCUCUAUCAAGGCACCACCCGGCCAAGGUUGCCCAAGGUGCGGAGGAAUGGUAUUUGCCGCCGAACAACAACUUGCUAAAGGAACGAUGUGGCACAAGAAGUGUUUCAACUGUGCCGAAUGCCACCGUCCUCUCGACUCCGUGUUAGCCUGCGACGGUCCCGACCGUGAGAUCCAUUGCCGCGCCUGCUACGGCAAGCUGUUCGGCCCCAAGGGCUUCGGCUUCGGCCAUGCACCCACUCUUGUAUCAACCGACGGUGUCGCCCCAGUUCUGCACACCGCCCGUCCCAACAGCGGACCCAAGGCCCCAGCUGGCCAGGGCUGUCGCCGUUGUGGCUACGCCGUCUUCGCCGCCGAGCAGAUGAUCAGCAAGUCCGGAAUAUGGCACAAGAGAUGCUUCAGCUGUGCUGAUUGCGGACGUUCCUUGGACUCCACCAAUGCCAACGAUGCGCCAAACGGCGAACUCUUCUGCAGAGGCUGCUACGGCAGGAACUUCGGACCUAGAGGCGUUGGCUUCGGCAUGGGUGCAGGAACCCUCACCAUGGCUUAAUUUCCUAAUUAAAAAAAAUAUAUAUUUAUAUAUUGUAACUUUCUUAAUCAAGUUCUUUUCACAACUCUUGAAAUUCUAAAAUAUUAUCGGAGAAUGAUUGACAAUCAAUCAUUCCCCACUUGAUCCUUUGGUUAAGACUGUUAGAAUAACCCUGGCUAAUCGCGUUAGAAAUAAUCAUGCUUGAGGGCGCAUAUUUACGACUUUAAUUAUUAAUUUUUGUUUUUGAAAAGAACAGAUUUUUUGUAUUCCAACCGAUUUUUUACAUAUGAAGAGGGGUGACGUUUCAUAUUAGAACAAGGGAACAAGACACGGUUAAAUGCCAUUUAACAGACUACAAAGAAGAAAGACUUCCUCGAACAACGACCAGGUUAACCUGAGAUAAUUUUUUGUACAUAUCUUUACAUCGGCCAUAGGAAUUUAUGGUCUAUCAUAGCUUGCCGCUUUGCCUAUUCAUAAUUCUCUAUUUAUUCGCUAUUUUAUCUUAAGUAAAUUUUUUGUCUAGAGUUAAUAUUAAUAUGUUAUAUUUAAUAAAAAGCCAAUAAAAAUCAACUAAAAAGCGAUAA